UAUUUUAGGUGCAGUCAAAACACUUCAAGAGACUUAAAUUUAGAAAACAAUAGAUUUUCUUUUAAUUCAGCUCUCUCUCACUCUCACUUUAAUGGAGUCAUCACUCUUCUUCAUUUUUACAGGGAUUUAAAGCUCUCAUUUUUACUCACUCUUCAGUUUAAAUUUAACUAAAAACCUUGUUGUUUUUAGUUUGAGCAAAAUUUAGGGAUCUGGGUUUUGGAUUCUAGGGUUUGACUCUCUGUCUUUCUUUGGUUUCUUCAAGAUUUGUUUUUGAGGGUUUUGACUUUUUUUUUUUGAUCCAGUCAUUUCAAUUCCUGCAAAGCUGACGUCUUUUUUCACUAAUUUUUCUAAAUUUCAAGUCUUUAAAUUCUGGGUUCUUUAUUAUAUUGGGAACAAAUCUAAAAAGUUUGAGCUUUCUUGAUCUGGGUUUAGGGUUUGGUUCUUUGAUGGGCUAAAUUCUUGAUUGAAUCGCCAGUUUUUCUUGAAUUUUUGAGGUUGGGGAUUUUUUUUUUGAUUUUUUGGUAUCAGAAAGUUCAAUUUUUUUGAUGCAUCUUUCACUGUGGAAGCCUAUAUCUCAUUGUGCUGCUCUAAUCUUAGACAAGAAGAGCAGAAAAAAAGAUGGGUCUGAUACCAAUGGUGAACUCAAGAAAAACCCUUCAAUUCUUAGGAAAUUGCAGGAGAAUAAACUCAGGGAGGCUCUUGAGGAAGCCUCUGAAGAUGGGUCUCUCUUCAAAUCUCAAGAUAUGGAGUCUGAGUCACCUGCAAAUCAAGAUGAGAGCCUUGGGAGAUCAAGAUCCCUUGCGAGACUCCACGCUCAGCGCGAAUUCUUGCGCGCUACUGCCCUAGCUGCGGAGCGGAUAUUUGAGUCUGAGGAUUCAAUUCCUGAUCUUGAUGAGGCAUUGUGCAAGUUCCUCAGAAUGUACCCGAAAUACGUGUCGUCGGAGAAGAUUGAUCAGCUUAGGGCGGAUGAGUAUGCACAUUUGUCUCCAAAGGUAUGCCUUGAUUAUUGUGGAUUUGGGCUUUUCUCAUAUCUUCAAACUUUGCAUUAUUGGGAGUCUUCUACGUUUAGUUUGUCUGAAAUAACUGCAAAUUUGAGUAAUCAUGCACUUUAUGGCGGUGCUGAGAAAGGCACUGUUGAACAUGAUAUAAAGCUUAGAAUUAUGGAUUAUUUGAAUAUUCCUGAGCAUGAGUAUGGCCUUGUUUUCACUGUGAGUAGAGGCUCUGCAUUUAAAUUGCUAGCUGAAUCGUACCCUUUUCAUACCAAUAAGAAGUUGUUGACUAUGUUUGAUUACGAGAGUCAAUCCGUGAAUUGGAUGGGUCAAAGUGCUAAAGAAAAAGGUGCUAAAGUCUUUAGUGCUUGGUUCAAAUGGCCGACUCUUAAACUCUGUUCCACCGAUUUGAGAAAGCAAAUCGCAAGUAAGAAGAGGAGGAAGAAGGAUUCGGCAGUUGGUUUGUUUGUGUUUCCGGUGCAGUCCAGAGUUACUGGGGCCAAGUACUCGUAUCAAUGGAUGGCACUGGCUCAGCAAAACAACUGGCAUGUCUUGUUGGACGCUGGUGCACUGGGUCCCAAAGAUAUGGACUCGCUGGGGUUAUCAUUGUUUCGGCCUGAUUUCAUUGUAACUUCUUUUUACAGAGUAUUUGGGUGUGAUCCAACUGGUUUUGGGUGUCUUCUUAUCAAGAAAUCUGUGAUAGCAAACCUUCAGAAUCAGUCCGGGAGUACAGGGUCUGGAAUGGUAAAGAUCACACCUGAAUAUCCAAUGUAUUUGAGUGAUUCAGUGGAUGAUCUGGAUAGACUGGUUGGUAUUGAUGAUGAUGAAAUUGCUGGGAAUGGCGAAUCAACUACAGAAACUCGCCCAGGAUUGCAGCUGCCUGCCUUUUCAGGUGCAUAUACAUCAGCUCAGGUGAGGGAUGUAUUUGAGACUGAGAUGGAACAUGAUAAUAGUUCGGAUAGAGAUGGGACGAGCACCAUAUUUGAAGAAACCGAGAGUAUUUCAGUCGGGGAAGUGAUGAAGAGCCCAGUGUUCAGUGAAGAUGAAUCAUCAGACAACUCAUUUUGGAUUGAUUUGGGUCAAAGUCCAUUGGGAUCGGAUGCAGGUGGCCAGCACAAACAGAAAAUGGCUUCGCCUCUACCGCCUUUCUGGUUUUCUGGCAAGAAGGACCACAAACGGGUCUCUCCGAAAUCAACGUCAAAGAUAUAUGGCAGUCCAAUUUAUGAUAAGGGCAUAAACAUUGGGCCACGUGAUGAUCAACAUGUGUUAUCAUUUGAUGCUGCGGUUAUGUCUGUUUCACAGGAAUUGGAACGUGUUAAAGAGGUUCCUGAAGAAGAACAGUUCAUGGAAACAAACGGCACUCUGAGAAAUAAUAGGAAAGGUCACAUUCAUGAAAUAGAAGAAGAACCCGGAACCAGCGAUCCAUUUUCAUCUAAUUCUAUUUCAAACUCUAGAUUCCAAGCUAAUGAGCGAUAUAGCUUAGCAAAUGGCUCAUCCUCUGCAAUUGGCCCAGAGAUGAAGGAGAGUGCUAUAAGAAGAGAAACAGAAGGUGAAUUCAGGCUGUUGGGAAGACGGGAAGGGAAUAGGUACGGCGGUGGUAGAUUCUUUGGGUUGGAAGAGAAUGAACAUCCGAGCCGGGGAAGAAGGGUAUCAUUUAGCAUGGAGGAAAACCGUAAAGAAUCCGUAAGCAAUACUCUUGAAACCGGAGAAAUUUCUGUGACCAGUCUGGACGAUGAAGAGUAUACCACUGACGGGGAAUAUGGUGACGGGCAAGAAUGGGAUAGGAGGGAACCUGAGAUAGUUUGCAAACAUUUGGAUCAUGUGAAUAUGUUGGGUCUCAAUAAAACGACUCUCAGGUUGCGGUUUUUGAUCAACUGGCUUGUGACCUCAUUGCUUCAACUAAGAUUACCAAAUUCAGACGGGGAAGGUAGAGUGCCCCUUGUUCAUAUCUAUGGCCCGAAAAUAAAAUAUGAGAGGGGUGCAGCUGUAGCUUUCAACGUCAGAGACAGAAGCCGGGGGCUUAUAAAUCCGGAAGCUGUUCAGAAGCUAGCUGAAAGAGAAGGCAUCUCUCUUGGCAUUGGUUUUCUUAGUCACAUACGGAUAUUGGAUAGUCCGAAACAGCAGCGUGGUGGUGUGAACCUCGAAGAUACUACUCUGUGCAGGCCAAUGGAAAACGGGCAACAUAAUGGAAAAAGCGGGUUCAUCCGUGUUGAGGUCGUCACUGCAUCUCUCGGAUUUCUCACCAAUUUUGAGGAUGUUUACAAAUUAUGGGCAUUCAUUGCCAAGUUCCUUAAUCCUGCAUUUAUUAAAGAUGGUAGUUUACCAACAGUUGAAGAGGGACCAGAGACAUGAGUACCGGGACAGACAAUGGUAGUACAUUUUCCGGGAUGAAUCAAAUGUAUGGUAAUACAAAUCCGAGAGUCAGAGCUGAAGAUCAAAAGCAAGAAAAUAUCGGAAAGUUUCCAUGGCCGAUUCCUUUUGCUCUUCCUCGAGACUCUUUGAUUAGAGGGGUGAAUUUGUUAAUUCUUGUUUGUUUGAUUUUUUUGUUAUGCCUUCCUAAUUUGCCUUCAACUCUUUUAGGGUUAUUGUAUGUAGAGGGUGGCAUUAGAACUUGUAUCAUCUCCGGGAAGAUAUGUUGACCUCAAAGCAGAUUCAUUUGGACAGGAGUUUCACAGUUUUUUUUACUA